AUGGACACGGAUGCUUCAGACGACGAGGUCCCCAUCCUCGUGCCCUCCUCCACCACCACCAAUAGCAAACCAGAAGAAACAGAGGAUGAAGAAGCCCCACCCCUCCUAGGCAACUCUUCCUCGCCCCCCAUCCGCAAAGUCCCCAUAACCAUCAUCACCGGUUACCUCGGCGCUGGCAAAACAACACUGCUAAACUACAUUCUGACCGCCCACCACGGCAAGAAGAUCGCCGUCAUCCUCAACGAAUUCGGCGACUCCAUCGACAUUGAAAAGUCCCUGACCGUCUCAGACGUAAACUCGACUUCUGCGUCCCCAGCACCCUUUGUGCCCCUGGCAAACGGAUGCAUAUGUUGCUCCGUCAAGGAUGUAGGCGUAGCCGCAAUCGAGAAUCUCAUGGAGCAAUCAGGUCUCUUCGACUACAUCCUCCUUGAAACAACAGGACUCGCGGAUCCCGGCAACAUCGCGCCCAUGUUCUGGCUCGACGAGGGGCUAGGCAGUAGUAUUUUCCUCGACGGCAUCGUCACCGUCGUCGAUGCCAAGAACGUGCUCCAGAGCCUGGACGAAGGCCUCGGCGACGACGAGGAAACUUUGCGCAAAAGACUACAGGACCAGGAUUCCCAUCACCACAAAGGUCCUUUGCUCACCACCGCCCAUUUGCAAAUCAGCCACGCCGAUGUCAUCCUCAUUAACAAGACCGAUCUCGUCUCCCCAGAGGAACUAGACAUUGUCACCCGUCGCAUCCAAUCCAUAAACGGCCUUGCACGCCUCAAAACCACGACGAAAAGCCAGGUCCCCAAACUCGAAGGCCUGGUCCUCGAUCUCCACGCUUACGACCACGUCACUGAUGCAGAUUUGCAAUUCGCACCAAAAGGUCACAGCCAUUUAGAUCCCUCAAUCUCAACAACAACAAUAACCUUCCCACCCCUCACCCCCGCCCAACUCCCCACCUUCGACCUCUACCUCCGCACCGUCCUCUGGGACCAAACUCUCCCCAACCACGCGCCCCACCAGCCGUUCGAAGACGCUGCUUAUCCAGGGCGUGAGGAGCUUGUACGAUACGAAUGA